AUGGAGCCGCCCGCGGGUAUCUCUGAGCACACUGGCGAGGGGCAGCGAAACGUGCGUCAGCGGGUUCACACUCCCGCUCCUCCUGUGACCCAUGAAGGUGAGCGGCAGCAGCAACGACCCUCGACGCCAGAAUGGAGACGUGAGUUUGCGUCACCGAGAUCCACUCCUCUGGAGAAGAUCACAGCGAAGGGACAUUUUUUCAUUGUGACAGAGAAGAAAGUGGUGUGCGACAUGAAGCAGGGAGUCCAGCCGUCGUUACUCGACGACGAGUCGCAACGUUGCUGGGAAGAGCACCGCGCCAGUGGCAGGAUGCACCAUGAACCUCCAUGGCGCGUGUGCUCUCUGGCGGAGGACAACCGCGAGCACCCCUACUAUAUGCAGUGGCUGGACACCAUGGAACUGCCCCCGUUGGAGGAGUUGCUCCGGAAGGAGAGCAGCAACGGUAUUACCGCUGACAACAGCAGUCUUGGUGAAGAAAAGAAAGGUGCAAUAGAAGCGGACAAUGCAAGUGACGUGGUGCACCAACAACAACAACAGCAGCAGCAGCAGCAGCAGUCUGUUUCUUAG